ACAGAGCUUAGUGCGAUAUUGAAUCAAGUGAACGUGUUUACUUGAGCUUCCUCUAAAGUUAUCAAAUCAGACUUCACAAUGCUGAUCAACCGACAUUCCUGUUCGAAACUACUUUCUUUGAUGGUUUUGCUGUGCUUGGCAUUUGACUUAAAACCAGUCUCGGCGAUGAAGUGUCGCCUUGGAUUUGUAAAAAGGGGUGGACAAUGCACUUGGCCUUAAAAAGUGAAAAAAACUAAUAGUCAAAUUGUAUCAUUGUUGAAUCAACUAUAUUGAUUCCACCAAAUAAAUCAUGUUUGAACAUUACGC